AUGCAAAGUUCAUUAGCUAUUAUUAACGGUUGCUUAAAUGCGGUUAACAAACAAGAUCUGACUUUAGAUGAUCUAUCAACUGCUGAUUUAGUGCCUAUUAUUCGUCAUUUAUCGCGUGAAAUCGAUAAAAACAAUAAUAAUAGUUCAACUAAUUCUCAUAAUUCGACAGAUGACGCUGUUAACAGUUUGAACCAUCGUGCUAAUAGCAAUGAAAUUGUAAUGCGUCUAUUAAAUCAAAAUGAAAUGUUGAUCAAAGCUGUAUGUAAUAAUUAUGAACAGAAAGAAGAGGAGUCCUAUAGUGAUCGAUGUCGAACAUUUUUUUUGGGUAGUAGUAUUAUUCGAGAUCUCAAACAGGGUAAUACAACUCUUAACAAUAAACCCCAUCGAAUGAAAUUUGAUAAACCUGAUGAUGCAUUUAAUAAAAUUAUCGCGUUAACUGAUUCGUUGAAAUUAUCGUAUCCGGACUUGAAAUUAGUAUUUACGACGAUUCCGUAUUUAAAUGUUCGAGGAAUUAAACCCUCUAUACAGCAAGUUAAUGCUGAUGUUGAUGAAUUUAAUUCACGUUUAUUAUCAUUGCAAGAUAAAUUCAUUGAUGUCAUUAAAGUUGGAUAUUCAUACAAUAUGUUACUAAAAGAUGGCAUUCACUUAAAUGUCAAACGCACAAUGCAAUUAUCUUCAGAUAUUGAUGAGUAUCUGAAGAAUUUCCAGACAUGUCAAAAAUUUGAUAACUUUUUUGCCUCAUGUUACACUAAUUACAACGGACCAUUGCCGUCUCCACGUAUCAUUUAUUCUGGUCAAACUCUCAAUUCUAUCGUAAUAACUGAAGAAUUAGUCUCAGAGGCUAUUAGUAAGUUACGCGAUACUUCUAGUGUAGGCACUGAUGACAUUCCUAUUCGUUUCUUCAAACUUUACCGAAUGCUUCGACCACCGAGGCUUUACUAUAUGUCACGAGCAGAUUAUUUGGCAGUGCCUUUACUAACAAAAUCAGCAUUGAUGUGA